AUGCUGAACCUCCAAAAGCGUAUGCAGGGCGUCGAUGAGGACAAGAACUACCGCGAGAAGCACAACGUCAUCCGCGACAAGCUGUUGGCCCAGGAGGUGAAGGAGCUCGACCAGAAUUUGAGGAACCAGAACGUCUGCCGCGUUCGAUUCACCCAAUCGCCUGCAUUGCACGAAAUCGAGCUCCAAAUUACGCCCCAGGAAGGGCUCUACAAGGGCGGCACCUACAAGUUCCACAUUUCCGUCCCGCUCGAGUACAACACGGUGCCGCCGCACGUGAAAUGCUUAACGAAGGUGUGGCACCCAAAUAUCAACGAGGAUGGCUCGAUUUGCCUGUCGUUGCUCCGCGAAAAUGCCGUUGAUGACUUUGGAUGGCGGCCAACGCGAAAUAUCCUCGAAGUGGUCCACGGGCUCCAAUCGCUUUUCGGCGAUCUCAUGGAUUUUGAUGAUGCCCUGAAUAUGGAAGCUGCCAAGCAAUACACCAGCAACAAGAACGAGUUCACGAUGAAGGUUCAGGACUACAUUCGCCGUUACGCUCGU